AUGCUGGUGUCAUGUCUCGUGCUGCUGCUGCUCACCCAGGCCGCGGCGGCGCCCCCUCCCCAGCAGCUGCCGCGCUGCCUGGACGAGGAGCAGCUGGCAGCGGUCGUGGAGGGCGCCCUCGGCCAGCUGCAGGCUGUUGCGGACCAGCGCCAGUCGCCCACCACCUUUUCAGAGUGGCCCCGGGAAAGGGCCGCGGCAUCCCUCCCCGACUCGUUGUUCCCAAACGGCACAGACCCAGAGUCGGGGCAGUGGAUCGGCACCAAGCCCAGCAGGUGGACCUCAGGCUACCUGGCUGGCUGCUACUGGCUGGCGUAUGGAAUGACUGGGGACCAGCGCUGGGCAGACCUGGCGGCUGCCGAGCUGCCCGGCUUGGAGCCGGUGGCCGCCGAGACAGACAAUCACAAGGUCAGCGACAUUUUCGACAGCAGCUACGGCGAGGCGCUGAGGGCAGGGGUGCCGGGGGCUCCAGUGGAGGAGUACCAGCGCGUGAUGCAGACGGCGGCAGCCUCUCUGUCAGCCAGGUACAACGACAAGGUGGGGGCAGUACAGUCGUGGUACGACAUCGGCGACGAGUUUGUGGUCAUCAUGGACAGCAUGGCCGCCCUGAAGAUCAUGUUCGAGGCCGCGGCAAUGCCGGGCGGCGAGCAGCGGUGGGCGGACGAGGCGUUGUCGCACUCGCGGCGCGUCGCCCGCGAGCUGUUCCGCCCCGGCGGCGGCAGCUACCACGGCGCGCGCUUCGACGCCGACUCGGGAGAGGUGGAGUGGCGGGGCACCUUCCAGGGCUACGCCGACAACAGCACCUGGUCACGGGGCCAGGCCUGGGCUGUGGUGGGAUUCACACACGCGGCCAACAUCACCGGGGAGCCCGACAUGCUGGCAGCCGCCCGCCGCGCCGCCGACUACUUCAUGCGGCGGCUGGCAGAGGCGGAAGACGGCGUGCCGCUCUGGGACUUUGAUGUGCCGCCCUCGGCCGAGCAGCCCUGGAAGGACAGCUCUGCCGCGGCCAUCGCCGCCAGCGGGCUGCUGCGCCUGGGCGAGCUGAGCGGGGAGGAGCGGUACAGCGGCGCGGGGGCGGCCCUGCUGGCCUCCCUGGCGGGCGGAUACCUUGGCUGGGAGGCGGGCCAGGGGCGGCAGCCGCUGGCCGCACUGCUGCGCAACGGCACCUUCAACGUGGCCAAGGGCUCACAUUCCACGGGGCUCAUCUGGGGGGACUAUUACAUCUUGGACGCGCUGGCCUGGGCCACGGCGCACAACCUGACCAGCAGCUGCGCCCCGCCAAGUUAACGCCGUGCCUGUCCCCACCUGUGGUUUUGAAACCCUGUGGUGUUGAAACACCUCAAUCAAGACUGUCU